UCAAAACUCACAUGGAAGCGGCUUGGAUGAAUAUUAAAAACUGGACCACGUUUAUUCCGCAUGACAGCGGUGUAUUAGCCAUUUGACAGUGAUAAAGUCGGACCAUUGAUCCCUGCAAUGAUAACCUGUGGGUGAAGUCAGAGUUCAGUAAUAUGCUCUUCAUUAGAUGUUGGAGGAGAAGUGCCCCUUUCAUAACCGCUAUAAGGUCUCUUGCGUUUGCCCGUAUUCACAUACUUUCUUGUAAGACUGUCUCUUUUUAUAAGUGUAAAAAAAGCGCGAUUGAUCUCUUUGGCAGAUCUCUUCCCGUAAAAAGGUUGUUGUGUUCUAUCGGUCCGGAGGAGGACACUAUCUUUGCCCUGUCGUCGGGUCAGGGCAGGUGUGGGGUGGCAGUUAUUAGGGUCAGUGGUCCAGCAUCAGCGCUCUCUAUCAGCUGUCUGACCUCUUCGACCCGGGGACUCCCCGCAGCCCGCACCGCCACACUUCGUAAUAUUAUACACCCCCAGACUCAAGAGCUGCUGGACCGGGGUCUUGUCCUGUGGUUUCCAGGUCCUGGUAGUUUCACCGGGGAGGAUUGUGCAGAGUUCCACAUACACGGGGGUCCUGCUGUUAUUAAUGGAGUCUUACAAGCACUUGGGAGUUUGCCAGGGCUUCGACCUGCGGAGUCAGGUGAAUUCACCCGUCGGGCGUUCUAUGCAGGGAAGUUGGACCUCACUGAAGUCGAGGGUCUGGGUGACCUAAUACAUGCCGAGACAGAGGCACAGAGGAGACAGGCUCUACGACAAAUGGCAGGAGACCUGGGUCGUGUCUAUCAAGACUGGAGUGUUCGACUUAAACGUUGCUUGGCGCAUGUAGAGGCGUUUAUUGACUUCAGUGAAGAUGAACUCAUAGAGGAUGGAAUCUUAAAUGACGUGGACACAGCGGUUCGGCAGCUGCAGACAGAGAUGGAAAACCACCUCUUGGAUCAACGCAGAGGAGAACGCCUGCGCAGCGGUGUUCAAGUGGUCAUUGCCGGAAGCACCAAUGCGGGCAAGAGCAGCCUGCUCAACAUGCUCACUCAGCGUCCUUCUGCCAUAGUCUCUCCCACAGCAGGGACCACAAGAGAUGUGGUGGAAGUCCCUCUGGACAUCGGGGGCUAUCCCGUGCUGCUAAGCGACACCGCAGGGCUGCGGGACACCACAGACAGUGUGGAGCAGGAGGGUGUCCGGCGCGCCCGCCAGCGGGUGGAGCAGGCAGAUCUGUCUCUGGUGGUCGUGGAUUUGACGCAGCUUCCCUCAGACCCUCAGCUAGUGCCUGACUUCCUCACUGGAUACUUGAGGAAUAUCCUGGAGCACAGGCAGCACUGUGUCCUUAUCCUCAACAAAAGUGACCUCAUCUCUGCAGAGCAAAACAGCAGCAUCCGAGCAUCCCUCUGGCUGGCUGGUGAUGUUCCUCCUGCAUGUUUUUUGUCAUGCCACACCAAAGAUGGCCUGGAUGGCCUCCUGACUGUAUUACAGGACAGACUGAAGACACUGUGUGGCGACCCACUGAUUGGCAGCCCGAGCUUGACUCAAACCCGGCACCGGACUCACCUGCAGAAGAGCAUAGAGGCUUUACAUCAGUACUUUCAAUACAAGCAUGUAGACUUGGUGCUGGCAGCAGAGGGCCUUCGAUUGGGCCUGAACAGCCUGGGAAGGAUCACUGGUAGAGUUGGUGCUGAGGAAAUUUUAGAUGUGAUUUUCAAAGACUUUUGUAUUGGGAAAUAGAAUCGUAUUUGGUAUGAGUGUAAAUGGAGUAAAAAUAAAUAAAUAAAUA